AGGGAAAUUCAUGAUCAUGUUCCUGAUGGACGCUUCACUGAAUUCACCAAUGCCAAACUUCCACGUGCUAUUGACCAGAGCAAUGUGCGACUCGUUAAGUGACGAUACUCGUAUGGGUAACCUGUGGCAGAUCAAGAGUACUGAACUGCAUUAGUGCAGAAGGAGCUUCGCUGGAUCAUGGAGGUGCUGAGCAAAGAAGAGUUGAAGAAAGCUGAGGAAGUGCUUAGCCAGUACUUUCCCCAGUCGCAGGAGGCUUAUGGAUAUAUUUUUCUGAUGAACCGAGCAGAAGUUGACCCCACAGACGUGCUGGUGGACCAGUGGCCAGAUUUCAGUGUGCUAAUCGUCAAACCAAAAAAGCAGCAGAAAACAGACUUUGCGAAGGAGAUAUGCAUUUUUACCAAGAAUGAAUCAUCUCUCAGAAACAUACUAAUCAGGACAGAUGUUCUAGACUGGAAGCAGUACCUCAAUCUAAGUGUUGAUCUGCUGCAGGAGGAAAUGUUAAAGGCUGUAGCAAUGAACAAAGGUGUACCAAUGAAGGAAAUAUCUCGGUGCCACUUAAUGAGUCUGCAGGAUCCAUCUAACCUUACACCUGACAGGUUACCUUUUCAAGUGUCAUCAGUCAAGGAAUCUCACGCUGCUCUGAUAAAUAGCAAAUGGAAAUUUGGCAUGGGUGAAUUCACUGAGCCCCUGCUCAGGACCUUGAUCAGGAACUUCCCUUCGUGUUGUGUGCUCGACUCAGAGGGUCAGCCAGUGUCAUGGAUAUUGACCUACGCUUCCUGUGCGAUGGGAAUACUGUACACACUGCCGGAGCACAGACAGAAAGGCUACGCCAAAGCCCUGGUCACCAUAUUGGCAAAGAAACUUCAUUCAGAGGGCUGCCCAGUCUACUGCUUCAUUGAGGAAGCAAAUCUACCAUCCUACAGGCUCUUUACCAGUUUAGGAUUCACUGGGGAUCCAUAUUACAGGGCUGUUAGUUUGGCAUCAAUCAAGUGUCUAUGACUCCAUGAGUACACUGGGACGAGGGCCAUUUCUGUUAGGAUCACAUGAAUGCCAGUUAUUAGGUUAGGUAAUUAAAAUCACCUAAGACUGGUUUUUAAAUUUUUUUUAUUGAAAAGUCAUUGAGCCUCAUUUAUCAAUCUUUUAGUAAAGUUGUGUAUAAAUCUUUGCAUAAGCCAAACCAAAGUAAAAAAAUUUCCUCCGGAUUUACAAACAUUUUGGAAACCAAUUUUUGCAAGAUGGCAACUCCCCUUCGAACCAAAAAAAAGGCUUCAAAAACACACAAUGGGAGAGAAAUUUCCCAUGUUGUCACUCAUAUAUAUACUUCUCACAUACUUCUCUCUUUGAAACGUGCAAAACACUUAUUCAUUAGCAAGAAAUACAAGCACAGACAAAACUUGGACAUGCCAAAUUAGUGAAUAUCAAAUGUAAUUUCUUGUGUAAAUGCUCAUACGAAUGGUUUAGGCAUAAAUCUGUUCACAUCCAGCCUGAUAAAUGAGGCCCAAUGUCUUUAUGCGGGGAUUAUACAAUAAAAAUGUAAUUAGAAAUUGUUAGCUAGUUGGUUAAUUGUUAGCUAUUUGGUCUGACUGGGAUUACCAUGUAUGAAACCAUGCUGUAUGACUGUGACCGGAGACAUGCAUGUUGCUCAUCUUACCCCUACCCUAUGAACAGGGCUGGCAAAUGUCACCCAUUCCAACAUCACACCUGCCGGAGAAGGGGGUUAGUUGGAGGGUGUUCAGUAACCCUCUAAAUUUUGGGUUUUAAAAAUAGUUACAUAACUGUCUUUGGAUUCUUGCAUUUGUUUUAACAUUUUUCUUCAUGUCUAAUGAAUAUUAUAGGGUAAACUUUUAGCAUACUGUUUCUCUGGCAUUGUAUAAACAGACAUAAAACCAUGAAGACAACCUACCGUUUGUUCACUUUGUCACUCAGCAGGCUAAAUUAUGCAUAAAAAAAAUGAUGUAUAUUUAAUUGCUUUCUGAGACUAGCUGUACUUAAGAAGCAACUAUGUCAAUUCCAAAUCAUUUUGCCAAUACAUAACUAUUACAACUGUCUCUUUGAUAGACUCAAAAAAGUGAUUGACUGGCUUUCCUCUCUAGAUAGAUAUAUAUAUCCCAAGCAGCCAUAACAUUAAAACCGCUGACAGACGAAGUGAAUAACAUUGAUUAUCUCAUUACAAUGGCACCUGUCAAGGGGUGAGAUGUAUUAGGGAGUGGAAGUGAACAGUCAGUUUUCAAAGUUGAUGUGUUGGGUAAGUGUAAGGUUCUGAGCGACUUUGACAAGAGCCAAACUGUGAUGCUUAGAUGACUGGGUCAGAGCGUCUCCAAAACCGCAGAUCUUGUGGGGUGUAACAGGUAUGCAGUGGUUAGUACCUACCAAAAGUGGUGCAGGGAAGGACAACCGGUGAACCGGCGGCAGUGUCAUGGGUGUCCAAGGCUCACUGAUGCACGUGGGGAGUGAAGGCUAGCCCGUCUGGUCCGAGCCAACAGAAGAGCUACUGUAGCUCAAAUUGCUGAAAAAGUUAAUGCUGGCUAUGAUAGAAAGGUGUCAGAACGCACAGUGCAUCACAGCUUGCUGUGUAUGGGGCUUCGUAGCCACACACCGGUCAGAGAGCCCAUGCUGAACCCUGUCCAUCGCCGAAAGCACCUACAAUGAGCACGUGAGCAUCGGAACUGGACAAUGGUGCAAUGGAAGAAGGUGGCCUGGUCUGAAGAAUCACAUUUUCUUUUAUGUCAUGUGGACGGCUGGGUGCAUGCGUGUCGGUUACCUGGGGAAGAGAUGGCACCAGGAUGCAUUAUGGGAAGAAGGCAAGCCGGAAGAGGCAGUCUGAUGCUUUGGGCAAUGUUCUGCUGGGAAACCUUGGGUCCUGGCAUUCAUCUGGAUGUUACUUUGAUACAUAUCACUUGUAUAUUGUAACAAAAUAAUCAAUAUUAUUCACUUCACCUGUCAAUGGUUUUAAUGUUAUGGUUGAUCGGUGUAUAUACAGUAUAUAUGUAUGUGUGUGUGUGUGUGUGUGUUAUGCACUGUUUGGUACUAAGGUUCUUAUUCUGAUGCAAGUUGUAUGCAAAUGAAUAUGCAGAGGUAGAGUUGGAACCUAUACUUGUUAACCACAGCUGGGUUGUUUUUUUGAACAUCUGACAUUUAGUCUUACCUUUAACAUUCAUGUUUCUCUGUUCACAUAUUUAAAUAUCCACAAACAGACAAGUUUAGACAGCUAUGUUAGCUGGCUAUCAGGAGGAGUGUUAUCGGAACAAAUGUUUCUCCUCUUGUUAAAACACUCUGGGAUCCUUUACCCACCUGGGCAUGAUGAGCCAGUAGGCUUCUGUGCCCUUAAAUGUUUUAAGGCAUUUUCCAGAAAAGGGAGAGGGGUUGUGUAUGAGAUGACAAACACAGUUUUAGGAAGUAUUCUGCCAGUUUAGGUGGGUCAGUAGUUCAGGGGAAAGUACAUAAAGCUCACAGCCUAUUUUAUUAAUUUUGUUUUAAUUCUCUUCCAAAAUA